AAUCGUAAUAUUGAUUAUUGGUUUCCGACGUCACUGAUGCUAUUUUGAAAAUGAGAUUAGAAGCAUGCCAGGCAUUGAAUAAGAUAAAUUAGUGUCGGUUAAUCGUGAGUUUCCAUGGAAACGUUGUUUGGUAAUUAGGUUUACCUUUGUACACUUUAUUAUUUAUGUUUACAGUCCCAUUUCUCAAAAUGGCGACGUGGAUGAUUCUAUUUCUGGCAGGGGAAGGUCUUCGUGACAUUUAAUGUCGUGUAAUUUAGUAAAAGUAUUUUAAAAGUCUAGUUACUGAUGGCAGUGUUUAUGGACAGAAAUAAAAAAAUCCAAAAAUGCUGUUGUUGAUGAUAUUCGUCCUGUUAGGAUAUGUGACUGUCUACGACGUAUCUGGAACAGCCAUUGAUCUGAUGGAAGUGGAUAAUACAACCUGUGUUUUCCAAAUCCACAAACUGAAUGAGUACAGCCAUGUUCAGGUUGAAUGGGAUGGACGGAAGCUACCGCGUUUCUGUAAAAUGUCCUUCAUUGGUAGGAGUGCAGUGGAUGUUUUAAACAGAUACCAAAUGUGUGUGGAAGUCUUGGAAUAUGAUAUCGAUACCUGCGAUUUCGCAAUGAAAUUCUACAGUGGGUUCAAUAUGGAGCCAAGUCGGGAAUAUUCCUGCUAUAGCGGAUUACCUCCGAAGUUCUGUGCUGAUGAAGAGACUUAUUUAGACAUCGAAUUCGAAGCAGGAUCUCCUUCUACAUCCUCAUUGACACUGACACUGACAGCAACACUGACGUACCACUACGACGGUAAUCGUAAACAUAUUUUGACAGAUACGGGUGACAUGGCAGUAGUAUACAUAGGCGUAGGGAUUGCUAUCAUUUCCGGUAUAGUGAUUGGGUGUGUUGUGCUGUACCUUAUUUACCGAUAUAGGAAUCAGCGAUCUAAUCCAGGGGUAAUAAUGCAGCCUGCUACAUCUAACAUACAAAACCAUGCUGUUAUCACCUCAGGACAACUGAACCAACCUUACAUACACACUGGACAAGGUGCUUACCAACCACAGCCAGCGGCAAUGGUCGUCCAGCACUCCACACCUAUCGCUCCGCCGAUGUAUUCGGAGACGUCGACAGAUACAUCAAAACCCCCUCCAUUUCAUUAGAUCAUUUGACAAGACGUGAACCUCUUGAAAAGCAGACUUUGUUGUUUAUCGUAACAAGAGGAUUACACAAAAGCAAUUCAAGUUAAUAGCAUGUGUAAAUAUUAAUUUUAUAAUAAUUUUUUUAUUAACAUGACACUUCCCAAGAGGGUUACAUGUAUAUAGACCCUGGAUGAGCCAGAAACACAACCAUGUACAUCCCCUUCAUCGAGACAGCAGCAUGUGUCCGACAAUUUACUUAGGUAUACAUUUACUUAGGUAUAUAACAACCAAGGUCAAGAAAGACAUUCGAAAGAACAAGAAAUAUCUUUAAAAAAGAUAAACGGCAUAGUUUUAAUGCUGGUGGUUAAUUAUGAUGUAAAACUGCUGGUGAAAUAAAUCAACGAACUAAUACUUUUCAGCACGGAUAACACAAUUAUAUCAGUUUGAAUAAUUUUUAGUUAUGAUAAGACUGCAUUUGCAUCAGGAAUAUAAUUUUAACAAUGUGUCAUUUUUAAAGAUACAUCAACUUAUUCAGCUUGCAUUCAAUCUUAACUUUGUUUCGUUUUAACUGCAUUUCUGUAUUUUGAAUUUACCGCUACAUUGACCAAUCACACACUUCAUCUUGACCAGUAACGCCACCUGUCGCGUCAUAUCUGGGGCAAAAAGAAUAUUAUACGGCUAUGCCGAAAAACCUGUUUAGAAACAGCAAUGUAUUUAUUUGCACCACUAAGAGUAUAUUUCCUCGAUACCGGUGUAAACUAUCGUUAUACGUAUUGCAUUGUUUAAAUGUUUUGUUUCAAUAAAAGACGUUUUACUGUUUA